UUCUAUAGAAUCAAUGUCUGUGUAUCCCCACGUCCAUCUCUUUGGCUCAUCUCAACUACAAAAUACUCGCUCACACUCGUUCGCCUCCAUCCGUCCAUCCAUCCACCCAUUGUGUGCAAAGACACAGAGGAAAGGCCUAGGACACAUAUACGCCUGCACAUGUAUAUAUGUCCUAGAACACAUACACAAAUACACACCGUACCAACUUACUUAGCCCAGCCAACCACAGGGAGGGAGGAAGAGAGAGAUGGAGAGAGAGAUGCAUAGAUACAACACGCACAGGUAGACCAGGUGCGGUGCAUGCGCUGGCGAGUGACACGCCAGCACACAUCCACACUGACAAAUCCACUUACUGGUGGACGAAAAACGACUCACACAUACAUACAUCAUAUGCACCAUCAUGGACACACAAAUAUGCACAUCAGAUCUUGCCCUCCCGUCGGGUGAGAGUGAUGAUGAGCCGACUGAUCCACCCACGCACCCCACGCCCCUCCUCCCCAUUGCUGUCACCACCACCACCAGCAUCUGCGGGUUCGUCUGCCAAUGUCUGCUCGGAGGCCGGGCGGGACACAGCGGGGAACCCGACGACCUCCAUUUCGAUGUUGGUGUUGCAAGCGUCCUUGCUCACCUGCAUCAAACACAGCAGAACAAUUGCAGCAGAACAUGCAUGUGUGUGUGCCCACCUUGACCACACGCAGCGAGCAGUUGCACGGCAGCAGCACCUCAUACUCGUUCGGGUGUGACGACAGGUGGCUGAUCUUGCAGGGCCGAUAGCACGCCACCUCCCCACUCCCACUCCCACCCCCGCUCUCGCACCUGAUGUGGAAGGUCACGCCCUUGCAGAAGUUCUCCGCCACCCCUUUUCUGGUGCUGCUCGACGAGAAUGCCGUCCAGGACACCACUGCGCCGGGGGUGCAUGCGGCGAGCUGAUCGCGCGUGUGGCUCACGCCGCGGAAGGAUGAUUUGGUGAACGGGGUGAGGAGGGAGAUGUCGGAGCGGAACGCCUCCCGCAGGCAGAGGAUGUAGGGGGCGUAUCGACGCAGCUGCACACGGUCGUCCUCUCGCAAAGCCCUGUUCAGCUGCACACACGCACAGACGAAGCCCACACAGUGACUGACGAUUAGAACGCCGCCAACGCAUCGCAUCCAUCUGAUCUGCGUACCUCUUUAUAUGACUCGCCCGUGUAGAGCCGCACGCACGCCGAAAGGUACUCCUUAUAUGCGUCUUUGAGCUCCUUGCCGAGCGGCCCCAGCUGCCCCAUGCCAUCCGACCUCACACUGCCCUUGAGGUGCUCAUCGAAUGCCGGUGACAGCGGGUGUGGCAGCGGGGUGCACGCCACAUGCCACGCCAGAGAUGGGGCGGGAGGGGCAGAGGAGGUGGCCAUGGCGGGGCGGCCCGAGAUGGUCGUCCUGUAUGUGGCGAAGGCACUGGUGAAGCGCACCAGUGCACGGCGGAGUCGGCGGGCCGUUGCUAGCAUGCCUUUCAGCUGCACAGUCCACACACCCACAUAAAGGGAACACAGAAGUGUCGCAUGCAAGCGAAUUCUCAUCACGGCGGCUUCCCCCCUCGUCCAGCGCAGCCUCACCGGAGGGCCAUCGGCAUCCCUGAGGCCGCAUUUCUCCAGAUCUGCCAGCAUCACAGCAUCGCUCAAGGUGUGCGGAUAGCCUUCGACGACCUCGUCGAACGCCGGCAUGGGUCGUGGGGCUGUCCUGGGAGAGGGGCAAGGGGCGCAGAAACGAAAAAUCAUCACAAAGGCGAG